AAUACUGUGCGAAUUUGGUAAUUACUGGCCACAUCCUUAUCAAACUCAUAGGAAUCUUAGCAAAUAUGGUAUAUUUAUGAAGUAUAAAACAGAAAGUUUAUGCUUGAAAACAACAUAAAAGCCGCCUUUAAGGUGACGCUUGCUCGUUGGUCACGUGAGACGGGAGGUAAAGGAAGACGACAGUAAAACAUCAUCUGCACUGUCAAAAAAAUGGCAAGUUCACAUUUUAGUUUAGAUGUAUUUGUCCGUUCUAAACGUUUAUUUUUACGAAAGGUUUUUGUUAUGAUGUGCGCAAGUGUGUCUAAAGCGGAAUAGUGAUGUUAUUAAACAUUGUCCAAUAUUUGUCAGCUAUGAGGAACCAUUGGACAGAUGAGCACGCGCAGUGUUUUCUUUAAGUGUCUUUUUGUGUUGCAGACCACAGCUCUGACCCAGGGUUUGGAAAGAAUACCCGACCAGAUUGGGUAUUUGGUUAUUAGUGAAGACGGUGUUCUUGCGUCCGCAGGAGAGCUGGAGAAUGACGAGCACACGGCAGGAAUGAUCAUGCAGAUGGUCAGAACAGCUUGUCGUUUUAGGUUGCACGGGAACGCUGAGCCCCCUUUCAAACGCAUGUCAGUGAUGUUUGAAGACUAUGUUUAUGCCGUGACUAUCUCCGGACAGAAAGUUUUUGUAAUCAAAAGGCACAACAACCAAUGGGAACCUGUUAUUGUGUAGUAGAGAAAAUAAUAUGGACUGGUCCUACACACACACACACACACACAUAAUAACAAGCUCAGAAUGGUGCCCUCACGUGGAAAUGACCCAGCUAUUACAACCACCUGAUGUUUAGCGCAAUCAUCCUCUAUUACUUUUGUAAGAAUACAUUUUACUACGCAGAUUUGGGAGUUUGGUGGUCUUAGGUGUGUUUGACCUGAACCAGAGUAGGCUUGCGUGUUAUUCUUGUCCAGUUGAAAUGUCACAGGCUACAUAUGAUGUUUUUUGAUGUAUGAUUAAAAACAGACAGUCGAUGAUUUAGGCCCAUUUAUUUGAUUUAGGGCAUAUAUAAUAGAUGUACAUUUAUGUUUUAACCUAUACAAUCCAUUAACCUACAACUUCCUUGCAUAGAUGUGCAAGCAUGUUUUGAUGCUGAUCAUAACAUCAUCAUAUGAUAAUGCAGAAUUGUAAUAGACUGGAGUCAUGUAAGUACACAUGCAAGAGCCAUGGAAACCAAUAGCAUUGGGAAUAUUACACUUGGUGUUAUUGAUCAUAAUGUUUGAUGUAUAUUUUCUGAUUGAAUCAUGAGAGUGAGAGCUUGUAAUUCUCAGAGAAAAGCAGUGUCUUCAGAGCUGUCAUGAAACAAUUGUUUUCCUUUGAGCAGAAUCUAAAAUGCACUAAAUUUUCAAAUGUGUUUCAUUAACAGGAUAGAAAUCACACUUUACAAUAAUUGCUUUAACAAUAAUAUAUAUUAAAGUACUAUGCGUAUUUAAGUUUUUUUUUCUUAGUUUGUGAAACGGUAUCAUGGAAUUGUGGUAUAAGCAAUAAAUAUUCAAUACCUUAAAUGAGUUUUUAAAUGCCAUAGCCUUUACUUGAGUUAAAUGUCAUGUUCUGAUCAUUUAUUUUAUUUACUAUAAUUGUUAUCUUCACUAUGGCUUUUGAGGCUUGUGUUUUACAUUUGCAUGACAAAGUUCAGCUUUAAAGGAAUAGCUCACCCAAAAAUAAAAUAAUUAUUUUAUCAUUUCCUCA